AUGCAACAUGUCGAUUCAGCUCCAGUGGUAAAUCUUGAAACUCAUCAACAGUCGGUAAGACAGAGUAUAGGGAAAUUAUCGGAUACCGAUGGUGGAUACAAGAUUGAUUCAGUUAAAACUGAACCGAUUCCACAUGGCAAGUAUUUUCAUGAUCAUCAAAAUUUACAGAGCAAUCAAAAUCAUUUUUCAAUUAAUGAACAUUUCCAAAAGAAUCCAUCUCUUGAGACACAAUUCAUUCAUGGAACUAUUAGUAUAAAACCAUCAAAUUCAGAAACUACUGAAAUUCCCCAUCAAAAUUUUAUUAAUAAUAUUAAUAAUAAUAAUAAUAAUAAUAAUGAUCAUCAUCAAUACAAUAAUAGACAACAAUAUUAUGUUAAUGGUGAAAAUCAAUUAUCUCAUCAAAUAAAUUAUCAGGAUUCAUAUUACGGUGAUAAUACAGAGAGACCAGUUAUUUUUGAGAAUAAAAUAAAAUUUCCCAAUAAUGAUGGAAUUUCACAAUCAUAUAAUUAUGAUUAUGGACAUGUGAAUUCAUUGAAUUUAGAUCAACAUUUACAUCAAAGACCUGAAUAUGAAUUUAAUCAAUUUAGAAAACCUGACACUUAUGUUGAACAUUUAAAAAAACCGGAAUUAUUUAUUGAUUAUCAUAAUAAAAAACCAGAGACAUCGUUUGAUGGUAUUCAAUCGGGAUUUUUGGGUAAUUGGAAUCAUCUUGCAAAACCUGAUAAUGUUUAUGUGAUUACACACGAAGUUGCUCAUAUGAAAACAAAACAUUUUCCAUAUACAUUUCAACAUCCGCCAAUUGUUACUGAAUUACCAUUAUCAUUGGAAUUACCAGUACACGAUUGUCAUCUAAAAAAAGCUAGAAUAUCACCCUGGAAGAAAAUUUUUCACAUUCUUGGCACAGCAAUACCGAUAGGUUUAUUAUUUGCAGCUUUAACUCCAAAAGUUGUUACUAUUGACCAGACCAAUACUACGGAUCCGAAUAUUGUUCUUCACAAAAUGAAAUCUGAUAGUAUGCCUAAAGAACAUAGAGCCGGAAGAAUUUCUACUAAUCGUGACACAUGUGAAGAAAAAUCAAUUUGUGAAAUGAUCUUGGAAGGUGCCAAAGGCAAAUCAAAUUUAGUACAAAGCGCUUUAUGGAAUUUAUCGAAAAAAAUCACUGACGAAAUUGCCCAAAAAAAUGGCUUACAAGAAAUUUUUGCAGCAGCCAAAAGGAAGGAUUGCAGUUCAUUGACUUGUUAAAUGCAUGUCCCUGAAUAUGAAAAGAUGAAAGAAGAAAAAAAAAUUAAAAAAAAAAAAAUAU